GCGUCCUGCCGGCACCGGGCUGCGGCCGCGGCCGGGAGCUGGGCAGCGGAACGGGGCGGCUGUGCGAAGGCCUGAGUUAGCGCGCCACGGGCCUCCCUGGGCAGAAGGUCACUGCCCGCGCUAGUGCACAAAUAAUCCUUUAGAGCGCUGCGGAAAGUAACAGAGGUUUGGCAGGCAGAGGAAAACCUACCAAAGAGGAUGGACGAGCUGCAGAGACUGCUUCAGAACAAGGUCCUGAUCCUGACAGUAUGUGCAGCUGGGAUUGGAGGCACUUUCCAAUAUGGUUACAACAUCUCCAUCAUCAACGCUCCAACUUCAUACAUCCAGACUUUCAUGAAUGAAACCUGGCUGAAGCGCACGGGCGUUCCCCUCCAGAGCAACGUGAUACUGCUGCUGUGGUCUUUCACUGUCUCUGCGUACCCUCUGGGAGGACUUGCUGGGGCUCUUGUUGCUGGUCCCAUGGCCAUCAUGCUGGGAAGGAAGAUGUCCCUGCUGCUGAACAACGUCUUUGUGAUCAUAGCUGCAGUUCUGUCAGGAUUCAGCCGAAUGGCCAAAUCCUUUGAAAUGAUUAUGCUCGGCAGAUUUUUUACUGGCGUGAAUGCAGGUGUAAGCAUGAACGUUCAGCCCAUGUAUCUGGCAGAAAGUGCCCCAAAGAAACUCAGAGGAGUGGUGGCCUUGACCUCUGCAUCAUUUACAGCCCUGGGGUUGGUGCUGGGGCAGAUUGUUGGACUCAGGGAGAUGCUAGGAAGGGAGGAGAGCUGGCCCUUUCUUUUAGCUAGCAAUGUGGUGCCUGCCCUGAUCCAGCUCAUGGCUCUGCCUUGGUUCCCUGAAAGUCCCAGAUACCUCUUGAUUGACCGUGGAGAUGAAGAAUCCUGCAUCUCUGCACUGCAGAAGCUCAGAGGCAGCAGCGACCUGAGUGCAGAGUUGGAAGAGAUGCUGGCUGAACGGGCUGCAGCUAAAGGUCAGAGAGCAAAGAAACCCUGGGAGCUCUUCCAAACUCCAUCUUUGAGGUGGCAGCUGCUGAGCAUCGCUGUGCUGAGCAGCGCCAUGCAGCUCUGCGGGAAUGAUUCGAUGUAUUUCUAUGCGGCUUAUGUGUUCCAAGAGGCCGGAAUUCCUCAAGACACAAUCCCGUAUGUUGUAAUCGGCACAGGGAUCUGUGAACUGAUCACAGCUGUCACUUGUAAUGUGAUUAUAGAUUACGCUGGUCGGAGGCCGCUGCUCCUGGGGGGAUAUAUCUUCAUGGCAGGAUGGGCCAUUGUCUUCAUGGUUGCUCUGAGCCAGCAGACUCAGAUUAGCUGGAUGCCUUACCUCAGCAUGGCCUGCAUUUUCGCCUAUAUCCUGAGCUUUGGAAUCGGACCAGCUGGUGUAACAGGAGUUCUGCCCACAGAGAUUUUUGACCAAAUGUCCCGGCCAGCUGCUUACAUGAUUUGUGGCUCUCUGCUGUGGUUCAACCUGUUUCUGGUUGGAACGGCCUUUCCAUUCAUUGUGAAAAGCCUAGAACAUUUCUGCUACGUCCCAUUCCUUGUUGUCUGCGUCUGCACUGCACUGUACGUGGGGUUUUUCCUUCCUGAGACAAAGGGAAAGUCCUUCCUGGAAAUCUCAGAAGAGUUCAAGAAAAGGAAUUUCAAAGCACAGACUCGUGAGGUGUUUUAUAAAGGCCCUGAAGAGAUUGAAUCCACCAUACUGUAGCAGAAGAAAAGAGGAUGGUAUGAAGGGGAAAUUCAGCAGUGGCUAUUUCCUCUUGCAGGGACACAAAGGGAAAAGUAGAGUUAGGGACAAUAUAUUACUCUCAGAUUCUCAGGUUCACCUUGAAAAUACAUACUUGCAGUGAUAAAUCCAAACAAUUAAUAAUGUGUGGGAAUAAAGAACUGGUAAUUGGCAAAAACUGUAAACCGAGCUUCAGAGUAUGGGAGUGACUGCUGGUGAGUGAGAUAAUGUCAUAGAAUGCCCGGUUGCGAGUGUGAGAAGCAGCUGCAUGAGAGUGGAAAACGGGCAAAGCCUGAACGUCAGCAGGAUGUAAAAGCAAAAAGAGAUAUUAUAUAACUAUGACAAUGAAUUGGGGGCUUGCAUACAGCAGAGCAGCACUUGCUCAUGGCAGUGCUCUCCCUUCAGCAAUCCUGAGUGGCUUUAGUGUGUUUCAGCGCAUCACCCUGAUCCCGGCUGGCCUGAGACUGGCACUCCUUGACGCCAGGAGCUCUGCAAAGGGCUGCCCAUGUUCCUGUGUCUAUUAGAGCCCAAAAACCCUGUUGUUGCAGCUUGUCCCUUCAGCAUGCCACAGAGCUAACA